GUACGGGCAUUUUGAGUGGGUUGUCAUGCCAUUUGGACUCACCAAUGCCCCCGCAACGUUUCAAGCAGCGAUGACGACUGAGUUUCGCGACUUGCUCGAUCGCAGCGUCCUCAUCUACCUUGAUGAUAUCUUGGUUUAUAGUAGGAUGUUGGAUGAGCACAUCGUACACCUUCGCGUUGUUUUGAAUCRUUUGCGACUAGCCAAGUACAAAGCGAAUCUCGACAAGUGUGAAUUCGCCAGGCAAGAGCUUGAGUACUUGGGCCAUUUUGUCACGCCAAAAGGCAUUUGUCCCUUAGCGGACAAGAUCCAAGCCAUCAUGGAUUGGCCGGAACCCCGUUGCACUACGGAUUGUCACGAGGACGGUUGGCAUCCGGUUGAGUAUUUCUCCCAAAAGGUGCCUCUCGUCAACACUCUCGACGACGCUAGGAAGAAAGAGCUACUCGCGUUCGUCACCGUUCUCAAGCGGUGGCGCCACUUUCUUCUCGGCCGUCGGCGUUUCAAAUGGAAUACGGACARCAAUCCGUUGACCUUUUAUAAAACCCAAGACACGGUCACUAGCACGAUCGGUCGAUGGAUGUAUUACAUCGACCAGUUCGAUUUUGACCCGUGUCACAUUCCCGGUCCCGCCAAUCGAGCUGCAGACGCCCUCUCACGACGGCCCGACUUUUGUGCCAUUGUGACCACGGCAUUCGACCUCGAUGACGAUCUGCAGCAGCAUUUCGUCAAAGGCUGCAAGUCCGAUCCGACUUACUCUACGCUUUACGCAGAGCUUUCAUCGGAUCACCCRYYGGCUAGCCACUAUCGGAUUUCCGACGGGUUCCUUCUCCUUCACACGAGAGGAAAGGACUUGUUAGUUGUGCCCCAAGAUCGCAUCUUACGGACUCGUCUUCUCGGCGAAUUCCACGACGCACGAUUUUCGGCACACCUUGGCGUGAACCACGCACUAGCACGCCUCCGCCAGCGUUUUCACUGGCCCGACGUCCUUCACGACGUCACGAGGUACAUUGAGUCAUGUGCAGCUUGCCACCGUAACAAGGGUCGAUCUCGAGUCCCCUUCGGCGAACUGAAACCGUUGCCGAUCCCUCGGGCACCAAGCCUCUCAAUUGCUAUGGACGUGACAGGCCCGUUUCCCCGCGAUUGCCACGGCCAUGACGGUAUUCUCACGGCCGUUGACCGUUUGAGCAAGUAUGCUCGCUUCCUUCCUUGCAAGUAUCAUGCUGCAACACCUGAGCUCGCACGACUCUUGCACACCGGUUGGAUUACCAACCAGGGUGUUCCGGAAGAUAUAAUGAGCGACCGAGAUACUCGCUUCAUGUCGGCCUUUUGGACUUGUCUCAUGACCGAGUCCGGCACGACAAUGAAGCUGAGCUCGGCUUGGCACCCGCAGACGGAUGGUCAGACGGAGCGAGCACACCAGACCGCUCAGAUGAUGUUGCGUACGCUCAUCCGUCCCGACCAGAAAGAUUGGGUUGACCGGCUUCCCGACAUCGAGUUCGCCUACAACACUUCGGUGCACCCGGCGAUCUGCGUCACACCAUUCGAGCUACAUCAUGGUGGAGAGAAAGCACGGAUCUUCGCUGAUCUCCUUUUGCCACAGGCUGCCGACAUAGACGUCCCUUGCUCUCCCGCUUCCGUCCGGAAGUACCGGGACUUGCUGAUCAAAGCCCGCGCAAAUAUGCAAAAGUCUCAGAUCCGCAUGCAGCAGCAGGCUAACCGACGUCGACUUCCAUGUCCUUUCCGCGAGGGAGACCUUGUUUGGGUCCUCUCCGAGGAAUUUGCGCUCGAGCAGGAUGUUUCGCGCAAACUCCUUCCGAAAUGGUUCGGACCAUGGGAAGUCACUUCUGCCGUUGGAGACGACCCCGCAGGUCCUUCCUUCGUGAUCAACAUUCCACCGCACCUGACAGUGCAUCGGGUCUUCCACGCAUCGAAGCUGGCCAUCUACACGCCACGUUCAGCUGACGAGUUCCCCGGACGUCGAUCACAGGAUCCGCCUUCUAUGGACGGACAUCAGGAAGUUGACCGAGUCAUCACGCACCGCAAGUAUGGCAACAAGCCAAGGCAGUACAAAGUCACAUUCAAGCAAUGUGCGCCUAAUGACACUCGGUGGAUCUCCAGUACAGAUUUGCAGACUUCUGCACCCCUCAUCUUCGCCGACUAUGAGAAGCGACGCCUUGCUAAGGAUACAGCUCGUCCCGCCCGACCCACCCAGGUAUCGGACAGACAACUUCGCCCUCGUAGGUAGCUCGGUCUUUUAAGAGGGGGAGUGUGUUACAUCUUCGACGCCACACGGGUCCUAACGGACCCGACUUAG